CUGCACUGCGGUCGCUCUCUUCCCGUCGCGACGACUCCUCCCCUCGCUCUCCCCUCGCUCGACUGCGGUCCUCGCUGGACUGCUCUGGUCCUUCGCUCGCUCGACUGCUCGUUCUCUGCAGACAGCAGCAAGAAUGGCGUCUUCAUUCGUGAGACGACGCCCAAUGCUCAAUUCUCUCUUCUCCUUGAGGUCCCUCUCUUGGAACGAUUCCGUCACCGCCCAUUUGGCUGCCAGUCGCCGCCGAAACCUAGACCUCUCGAAAGCCCUGAGCACAUACGCUAUGCCGAAUGAAUAUCCACCUCCUCCUGUUCCACAGCAAUCGCCUCCUCCGCCAUAUGAUUUUAGGGCUUUCAAUCGGAACCCAGAUGAAGGGAUGCAACAAAAUCAAUACUCUCACCCUCAGAACAGAGAGACCAAUACUAGUAGUGGUCAAUGGAGCUCACCGCCACCGCCACCGCCACCGCAAGGGAGUGCUCAGUUUGGUUACCAGAGCCAGAGGCAGAGUCAGCCCAAUGCAGGAUACCCUAGUCAGAGUCAGAAUUAUCCAGGCCGCGGAUACUCUAAUCCUGCUUCAGUUCAUUCGCAGCAGCAAAGCCCUGAACAGUGGAAUAAGCAAGUUCCAGGACAGGGUUAUCCUCAGCAGCAGAAUCCUAGUCAGUUGAAUACCCAGAACCAGAGCUAUGGUCAGUAUCAGAGCCCAACUCUGGUGAACACCCCGAACCAGAACUAUCAGGAACAGCCCAGAAGCCCUAAUCAGUGGAACAACCAAAAUCAAGGGUAUCCGCAACCAAAAAAUCUCUACCAGUGGGCCCCGCAGAACCCAAGUACUAAUCAAUGGAACCAUCAGCAAACAACUGUAGUGCGUGGGACGGAGAAUCAGGCGAUGGAAGCUCCUGCUCCGGGGCCUUCAAUUGCUGAUCUGAGACAGUUGUGCCAAGGUGGGAAAGUUAAAGAAGCUAUAGAGUUGAUGAAUGAGGGGGUUAAAGCCGAUGCUGACUGCUUCAGUUGGUUGUUCGAUUCGUGUGGGAAGUCCAAGUCUCUUGAGAAUGCAAAGAAGGUGCAUGAUUACUUUUUGCAGUCAACGUGUAGAGGUGAUCUUCAGAUGAAGAACAAGGUGCUUGAAAUGUAUGGGAAGUGUGGCAGUAUGAUCGAUGCUCGGAGAGUUUUCGAUCACAUGCUUGAUAAGAACAUUGAUUCGUGGCAUUUGAUGAUAAAUGGGUAUGCCUAUAAUGGUUUAGGGGACGAUGGGUUGGAGUUGUAUGAGCAGAUGAGGAAGUUGGGAUUGAAGCCAAAUGAACAGACUUUCCUUGCAGUUCUGUCAGCAUGUGCCAGUAUAGGGGCCGUGGAAGAAGGUUUUAUACAUUUUGAGUCGAUGCAGAGUGAUUAUGGGAUUAAGCCUGGGAUUGAGCAUUAUUUAGGGGUUAUUGAUGUUCUCUGUCAACCUGGGCAUCUUACAGAAGCUGUGGAGUAUGUUGAAAAGCUACCAUUUGAGCCCACAUUGGAGGUUUGGGAGGCAUUGAAGAAUUACGCACGGAUCCAUGGCGAUCUUGAUCUUGAAGACCAUGUUGAGGAGUUGAUGAUGGCUAUUGAUCCUUCAGUCGCUACUGCUAAUAAAAUUCCUACACCGCCACCCAAGAGGCGCUCUGUGAUCAACAUGCUUGAGGGGAAAAACAGAAUCAGUGAGUUCAAAAAUCCUACUCUUUACAAGGACGACGAGAAGUAUAAGAGUGGGAAGGAAGGGGGUUAUGUGCCGGACACAAGAUAUGUACUUCAUGACAUUGAUCAAGAGGCAAAGGAGCAAGCCUUGCUCUAUCACAGUGAGCGACUCGCAAUAGCUUAUGGACUUAUCAGCACUCCUGCAAGGACGCCUCUUAGAAUCAUUAAGAACCUUCGGAUAUGCGGUGACUGUCAUAAUGCGAUAAAGAUUAUGUCCAAGAUUGUGGGUAGGGAACUAAUCGUUAGAGACAACAAAAGGUUUCAUCACUUCAAGGAUGGCAAAUGCUCUUGUGGAGAUUAUUGGUGAUCCCUUCUUGUUUAUUUGUACUCGUUCCGCAUGUACCUAAUGAGAAUUGUCUUGCUCUAGGCAGUUGGCAAAAGAUACCGAGAAGUAUGGCUUUUAGUGAUGGGAUUGAAGCGAUGCUCCCAAUUGUAUUGGUGAAUGUUCCUUUGAGUCAUAAUGUAUUCUCAUCAGUUACCAAAGUUUUGAUUGUCCUCUUUUCCAGUUGCCAGCUUUCAUGUUUUACCCGUGUCUAGUUCUUCAGUUUCUGGUUUGCACUGAUGUGCAGAGUUAGCCUCCUUUUGCCCUUUUAAGAUAAAGAAUUGGUUGCUGAUAUAUUCAACGGCAGAUGAUGCUCGGGA